CAUAAACAAGGAAAAAAGAGAAAACCAAGCUACUUUGAGAAGCCAAAAGAAGAAGGAAACAACCAUGGCUUUGAACAAGAUUGUUGCAGUUCUUGGCAUUUGGUUUGCUUGCUUAAUGUUGUUGGCCAUUGCUGCAGUAGCAGCAGAUGCUCCUGCACCUGCUCCAGUCCCUUCUCCAGUUCCUCCCCCUGCCCCAAGCACUUAAACUCCUCCUCCCCCUACCCCUGCCCCUGCACCUUCUGCAGCAAGUCCCCUUGGAUCCUUCUCAUCAGUCACUGCUGUGCUGAUUGGUGUUGCUGUCUCUUUCCUUGCCCCUUAAGAAAUAGCUUGACGUUUCCCAUUUCUCUCCUGUGUGUUGUCUACUUGUCAUGUCUUUACGUGUUAUUGUAUUUCUGGUUCUUGGUCCAAAAGAAGCUUCUGUUCCUUGGUAUUUGUUUCUGUGAUAUUGCAGCAUGACUGCAGUUACAGAUAUUUUGUAACACUCCUGGAUUAUCUCAUGUAUUGCUUCACCUUCUAACAAUAAAUUCAAUUAUUGAGU